ACAGGGAAGCGCGAUCGAGAAACAGACAUGUCAGUUAUACAGAUGAUACCGACGGACACCUUCUCCAUCAUCCUCGUCCUCAUCUCCACCGUACUGCUGCUCCUCUUCCUCAGACCUCCCCAAGCCAAGUCCGGUAACUACAAGUUCCCCCCGGGACCCAACCCCUGGCCUCUUAUUGGCAACCUCAACAUCCUCAACAUGCACUGCCCGCAGGAAACCAUGUGCAAGCUAGCUGAGGAGUAUGGAGACGUGUUCACCUUUCACAUGGGCAGGAAGAAGUUUGUGGUCCUGACCGGAUUUGAUGCAGUGAAGGAGGCUCUGGUGACCCAGGCAGACGAAUUUGGGGAGAGGAGCCUGCCCCCCUCCUUCAGACGCAUCUCACACGGCAAAGGCAUCGUGUUUGGCGUGGGCGAGUCGUGGAAGACCAUGCGUCGCUUCACGCUGUCCACCCUGCGGGAUUUCGGCAUGGGCCGCAGCACGAUCGAGGAUCGCAUUGUAGAUGAGGCGCAGAACCUGAUUGAGGUCUUCCAACAGCGGCAGGGCAAGCCGUUCAACCCCACAGUCAACAUCAACUCGGCCGUCUCCAACAUCAUCUGCAUCCUGGUGUUUGGUCACCGUUUCCAGUACGACGACCCCAAGUUCCUUCGGCUGCAGCAGCUGGUCAGCGAGAACAUCCAGCUGGUUGCCUCCCCCCAGGUGCAGCUCUACAAUAUCUUCCCUAUACCAUCAAUGCUUCUGGCCGAUUUGCAUAAGGCUCUCCAGAACAGUGAGGAGAACAGGUUGUACUUCAGGCAGGUGUGCCGGCAGCACAAGGCAGACCUGGACAACAAUGACCUGAGGAGUUUCAUCGACUCCUUUAUCGCCAAACAACAGGGAGAGGAGUCCAAGAACGGCCACACUCACUUCGAUGAGGACAACAUGGUGGCGACUGUGGCAAACCUGUUCGCCGCCGGGACGGAGACCACGUCCACCACCCUCCGCUGGGGCCUGCUGCUCAUGAUGAAGUACCCCCACAUUCAGGAAAAAGUACAGGCAGAGAUCGAGAGUGUAAUCGGAACAGCGCGCCCCCCGCGGGUGGAGGACCGCAAGAACAUGCCAUACACAGAUGCUGUCCUACACGAGAUCCAGCGCUUUGGAAAUGUGGUGCCUAAUAACCUGCUCCAUGAGACCAAAGUGGACACCACCUUCAGAGGCUACCACAUCCCUAAGGGCACUCCAGUGAUCCCUCUGCUCACCUCUGUGCUGUAUGACAAGACGCAGUGGGAGACGCCUUAUCAGUUCAACCCGGGCCACUUCCUGGACAAGGAGGGCAGCUUCAUCAAGAGAGACGCCUUCAUGCCGUUCUCCGCAGGGCGCAGGGUGUGUGUUGGGGAGACCCUGGCCAAGAUGGAGCUCUUCCUGUUCUUCACCACCUUCCUGCAGAGGUUCACCUUCUGCCCGCCCCCGGGAGUCCAGCCCCAGGACCUGUCCCUCACCCCCAUGCCCGGGCUCACCUCCUCACCCACACCCUACGAGAUCUGCGCCGUUAGCCGCUCACACUGACAGGACAUGCCGACUUUCACUCUGAAAAUCACACUAAAUUAUUAGUAUUAAUUUCAGCAUUAGUAUUAGUCAUACUGGCAGCAGCAAUAUUUGUGGUAGUAGUGGCAUUAAUGUUGUACAGUGAUAUAUUGAAAUGGACAUUUAAUGCACCUUAACCUGCUCCUUAUUCUGUUGCUCAGUUUUUGAUUACCGGUAGCUAUUUUUCUCUUGGAUAUCAAUCCCUGAAACUGGAUGUAUAUAACCAUACUCCAUACUGUAUGUAUAUAUCUAU